UUAAAUAGACCCAUCUCUGCACCAUUGGAGAGCAACCAGCACAAACCAGAGCUCCUCAGGAAGAGCUAAGCAAUCGCAUUGCAUCCGAUCACCAAUCCAUUCCUAGCUUACUAGCUAGCUGAUCCUAAUGGCGAGCAGCACCGCUCUCUCCUGCCUGGCCGCGCUCCUGCUCCUCGCGGCCGCCGCGGCGCCCGCGUCGGCUGCGGAGGAGACCCGGCUGCGGGUGUACUGGCACGACGUCGUGAGCGGCGGGCCGAACGCGAGGGUGGUGCAGGUGGCGCAGGCGCCGUCCUCCAACGCCUCCGCCACGGGCUUUGGCACUGUGCUCGUCAUCGACGACCCGCUCACCGAGGGGCCCAACCUGACGUCGAGGCUCCUCGGCCGCGCGCAAGGCAUGUACAUCAGCGCCGGCAAGGACAGCCUGUCGCUGCUCAUGGCCAUGAACUUCGUCUUCGUCGACGGCGCCUACAACGGGAGCAGCAUCGCCAUCAUCGGGCCCAAUCAGGCGGACCGGGCCGUCAGGGAGAUGCCCGUCGUCGGCGGCACCGGCGUCUUUCGGUUCGCGCGCGGCUACUGCCAGUUGCGGACCCACUGGUUCGACGCCAAGACCGGCGACGCCACCGUCGAGUACAAGAUCCAUCUCCGCCACGACUGAUGCAUUGUCAGCUGGACUAAUAAUAAACUUGUUGUUCCUACACAUAUGGUUUCCUGAUUUGAACCAAGCUUAUUUUAAAUUUCGAGGGUAUGUGCAUGUGUCGUACGGAUGUGAUUAUUUGGAAUAAUACGAUUUUAAUAAACAUUUCAGUUUUAAAAUGAAAUACUAGUACCUCAUUGUAAAAACGUCUUAUAUUUUGACAUGA